AUGAUUUUCAAACCUGUUGCUAUUAAGACCCCCCUCCUUCAGGAAUUUCGAAAAAAAGGAUUGGUAUCAAUUGAAAUUGCAAAUGCAAGAAGUAUAAAAGUGUUAACUAAAGACGAUUUGAAAAGCACAACACAGGAAUGUGAAAGUAGCCGCAUUAGCAACAACAAAAAAAAAAAAAAAAAAAAAAAAACACAUAGUGAAACGAAAAAAGGGAAGAAGUUAAUAUUACAUAAGGGAAAGAAAAGGAAAGCAUGUCAAGAUGAUAAUCAAAAAUUUUUGCAGAAGGGGAAUUCUAUAAAAGUUACGAAUAAGAUAAUUGAUAAAAAAGACAAAGGAAAAAAUAAGUUAAAUGAGGAAAACACGAUUGGUAGUAAACCAAUCCAAAGAAAAAGGGACAACCAAAAUGAAAUCCAAGAUGAUAAGGAAGAUACUCCUAAAGUAUUCAAAAGGAGGAAAAAAAAAAGAGGAAGAAAAAAAAAAAAAAAAUCUCCUAAUGACGCUAGUGAAUGUAUUGAAAUAAGUUCCGCUCCAUGUGCCCAAGAAAAGUUUAGAGACACGGUGGAGAGAAAGAAAAAAGAAAAAUUAGACAUAAAUAAAAUUAUAGAAAACGAAGAAAUCUUCAAAAAUACAGACAAUAUAAAACACAAGGUGCACUACAUAAAAUGGAACAUGAAAGGGAAAGUUAACAUUCUGUAUAGUAUAAUGAAAUCAUUGCUUGAUGCUAAAUUUUGGAAACCAACAGAAAUUCAAGAGCAGACAUUAGAAAAUUCCAUAAAUUAUAAGAAAGAUAUAAUCGUAGUAUCAAAAACGGGAACAGGAAAAACGUUAACAUUCUGUAUACCCAUAUUAAACAACAUUGUGGAUAAAAAAAUAAAGGAAUAUGAAAAAAAAAAAAAAUGCAUUCCAAAACUUAGAUGUAUCAUAUUAGUGCCAACUAGAGAAUUAGCAAUACAAAUUUUAAGUCACUUCAGUUAUAUAAAUAAAUAUAUCAAUAUUUACAUUGCGACGAUUAUUGGAGGAUUAAAUAUUAAUAAACAGAAAAGAAUUAUAUCGAACAAACCAGAAAUUUUAAUAUGUACACCUGGGAGGCUAAAAUAUUUUUUACUUCUAGAUAAUAAAAUUAAUUAUUUGUAUAAAAUGAAAAAUGUAAGAUAUUUUGCAUGUGAUGAAAUUGACAAAAUGAUUGAAACUUCCUUCAUGAGAGAUAUAAACUUUAUUGCAAAACAUAUAUACAAACAUGUCGAUGAUAAGAAGAAAUUUAUUCAGACAUUUCUUCUUUCGGCCACCCUAGGACUAACCAUUCAUUUACAAAAUGAAAAUUUAGCGAAACUAUUAAGUUAUGUAACUAUAAGGAAGGAAAAAUCAUGUAUCAUCAAUCUGGCAGAUGAUGAUGAUGAUAUGGGUACCAAUAACACAGGGAGUAGUAUCUUACCAGAUGGUCUUUCUCUGAGUAUUGUGAAAUGUGAAAAGAAAAAAAUAUUGCACAUGCUCUUUUAUCUUUUGAAAUUACUUAUCUUAAAUACCCCUAUAGACGGAUCUAAAGAUGACAAUGAUGAUGAUGAUAUUAGCAACUGCAAUAACAAUGCUGAACAGAGCCAUGUUAAAAAAAUUGUAAUUUUUGUUAACACUAUCAAAGAAACUAAAGAGCUAAAAAUCAUAUUUCAAUUUUUAUUCUUUCAUCAAGGAUUAGAAUCAUCCAUACCAAAAAAAUAUAAAUGUUCUCUAUCAUUGAAAAAAAAAAUAAGCGUUUACUCUAUACAUUCUAAACAAACAUUAAAGGAACGUAUGCAAAAUAUUUCCAAAUUUUCUCAAUCUACGAAUGAUGCUAUUAUAUUUUGUACUGAUGUAUUAAGCAGAGGAAUAGACUUGGAUAAAUGUGACGUAAUAAUUCAACUCAGUUGUCCUGUUUCGGAUAUUACCUUUGUUCAUAGGUCUGGUCGUACAGCUCGAAAUUUCAAAACAGGCACCUGCAUCUGCUUCAUAACAGAUGAGGAAAUCAUACGUUGGAAAAAUUCACUCCAAAAAAUAGGUCUCAGUUUAGAAAAACUGAACGAACUUGAAAUGAUCAAACAUCUUAGCGAUAGUGAUAAUGCAAAAAUACACAAUGCAAUUUUAUGCUGUAAUAAAAUGGUAGAAUUGCAAAAUAAAAUAAAAGAUAAUAAGAAUGAAUCCCAUUUAAGUAAAUUGGCUAAAGAAGCUGAAUUAGAUGACGAAGAGGAAAGUAGUUCAGAUUCAGAUAAUCCAUCUGGGAAAAUGAUGAAUGAAGAGAUUUUUAAAAUUCUGUUACGCUUAAAGAAAGAGUUAUAUAGAACACUGUAUAAUGCAUAA